GUUUCCCAUCAACGUAAAGUGAAAGCAGAUGGAAGACUGAGAAGCGAGAGAAAGGAGGAGGAGAAAGAGAAAAUAAAAGGGCAAGACAAAGAGGAGGAGACUCUUUAGCUGACUUUGGCGAGAGAAAGAAGUCCCACACUAGACCUACACGCACUACGAUGUCACCGUAGGACGCUUAUGUGAUGUGGAUAGCAUAACCAAGCUGUGGUCACAGUGGAAAACAGCUCUUCCAGAGGUGCUCUAGCAUGUAUGCAAGAAAUUAUGAUUAAUCCUUGAAAAGGAAGAAGGGAAGCCAUGUCAUUCUUUGGCUUAGACUGUGCGCGGAAGAAAGAAAGAGAGGUGGAGAGGAAAAUCAGAGCAAAUGACAGAGAAUAUAACUCAUCCUUCAAAUAUGCUACCAAUUCCAUCAAGACCUCCAAAUACAAUCCCUUCACUUUUCUGCCUCUCAACUUGUUUGAGCAGUUCCAGAGGAUCGCUAAUGCCUACUUCCUCUUCCUGCUCAUCUUACAGGUUAUUCCUGCUAUUUCUUCUCUGUCCUGGUUCACCACAGUUGUCCCUCUAGUCUUGGUAUUAUCAGUGACUGCAGCCAAAGAUGCCAUUGAUGAUAUUAAUCGCCACAGAAGUGACAGGCAGGUGAAUAACCGCAAAGUGAAUGUGCUCAUCAGUGGGAAACUGAUAAGUGAGAAAUGGAUGAAUGUUCAAGUGGGAGACAUCAUAAAAUUGGAGAAUAACCAGUUUGUCACGGCGGAUUUGUUCCUGUUGUCCAGCAGUGAACCUCUCAACUUAGUCUACAUUGAGACUGCGGAGCUGGAUGGAGAAACCAACCUGAAGGUUAAACAGGCUCUGACUGUAACAGGAGACAUGAGGGACAGUUUAGAGGCUUUGGCUGCAUUCAAUGGGGAGGUGUGCUGUGAGCCUCCUAACAACCGUCUGGAUCGCUUUACGGGCACGCUGACGUUCGACUCGCAGAAAUACUCGCUGGACAAUGAGCGGGUCCUACUCAGGGGCUGCACGCUCCGAAACACUGACUGGUGUUUUGGCCUUGUGCUGUUUGCAGGCCCAGAGACUAAGUUGAUGCAGAACUGUGGAAAAAGCACAUUUAAGAGGACGAGUAUCGAUCGACUUAUGAAUGUACUGGUGCUCUUUAUUUUUGGGCUUCUGGCUCUGAUGUGUAUUAUUCUGGCUGUGGGGAAUGGGAUUUGGGAAAACCAUGCAGGGUCAAAGUUCAAUGCCUUUCUUCCACGAGAAGAGAACACUGUGUUUUCAGCAUUUCUCACUUUUUGGUCCUACAUUAUAAUCCUCAACACUGUGGUGCCCAUCUCACUAUAUGUCAGUAUGGAAGUGAUUCGGUUAGGCAACAGUUACUACAUCAACUGGGACAGGACCAUGUAUCAUGCACGAACUGACACGCCAGCUGAGGCUCGAACCACAACGCUCAAUGAAGAGCUCGGGCAGAUCAAAUACAUCUUCUCAGACAAAACCGGCACGCUCACCCAGAACAUCAUGACCUUCAACAAAUGCUCCAUUAACGGGAAAUCUUAUGGGGAUGUUAUUGACCACUAUAGUGGACAGAGCCUGGAGAUCACAGAGGAAAUUACACCAGUGGAUUUCUCCUUUAACCGGCUUGCGGACCCAAAAUUCCUCUUUUAUGAUCAUAGUCUGGUAGAGGGUGUAAAACUGGAGCUUCCAGACGUUCAUGCUUUCUUCAGAUUACUCGCUCUCUGUCACACUGUCAUGGCAGAAGAAAAAAGGGAGGGUGAUCUGGUGUACCAGGCCCAGUCUCCCGAUGAGGGUGCUCUGGUCACGGCCGCACGUAAUUUCGGCUUUGUGUUCCGCUCACGCAGUCCUGAGACAGUGACAAUAGAGGAAAUGGGAAUUCAGAGGAGCUAUGAGAUGCUAGCCAUCCUGGAUUUUAACAAUGUGCGAAAAAGGAUGUCUGUAAUUGUUCGUAAUCCAGAGGGCAAGCUCUCCCUGUACUGUAAAGGAGCAGACACCAUCAUAUAUGAGAGACUACAUCCCUCCUGCAGUGAAGUGAUGAAGGUCACCACAGAGCACCUCAAUGAGUUUGCUGGUGAGGGGUUGAGAACUCUUGUUCUAGCAUAUAAGGAUUUGGAUGAGGAAUAUUUUUCAGAGUGGAAACAGCGCCACCAUGAGUCCAAUGUGGCGCUGGAGUACCGGGAGGAGAAACUGGAGAAACUAUAUGAGGAGAUAGAGAAAGACAUGAUGUUAAUUGGAGCCACAGCCAUAGAGGAUAAACUUCAGGAUGGAGUCGCUCAGACGAUUGAACAGCUGGCCAAAGCAGAAAUCAAAAUCUGGGUGCUCACUGGUGACAAGCAAGAGACCGCUGAGAACAUUGGCUACUCAUGUAACCUGCUGAGGGAGGAGAUGAACGACGUGUUUAUUGUUGCAGCUAACUCACCUGAGGAGGUCAGACAGGAGUUGAGGGAUGCCCGUUUAAAGAUGUGUCCUGAUACUGAACAAGACAAAUUCCUUAUUCCUGAGAUUAUCCUGGGUAAUAUUCCAAAAGUGGUUCAGGAUGAAAAUGUGAAUGGAGAGUACGGACUGGUGAUAAAUGGACACAGUUUGGCGUUUGCUCUGGAGAGCAACAUGGAGCUGGAGUUUUUGCGGACGGCUUGCAUGUGCAAGACGGUCAUCUGCUGUCGGGUGACUCCUCUGCAGAAAGCUCAGGUGGUGGAGCUGGUCAAGAAAUAUAAGAAAGCGGUCACUCUAGCGAUAGGAGAUGGAGCUAAUGAUGUCAGCAUGAUUAAAGCGGCUCACAUUGGUGUGGGUAUCAGCGGUCAGGAGGGGAUGCAGGCUGUGCUGUCUAGUGACUUUUCUUUUGCUCAGUUCCGUUUCCUGCAGCACCUCCUGCUGGUGCAUGGGCGCUGGUCAUACCUGCGCAUGUGCAAGUUCCUGCGGUACUUCUUCUAUAAGAACUUCACCUUUACCUUUGUGCACUUCUGGUACGCAUUUUUUUGCGGCUUUUCCGCUCAGACAGUAUAUGAUGAAGGCUUCAUCACUUUGUAUAACUUGGUAUACACUGCCCUGCCUGUUCUGGGAAUGAGUCUGUUUGACCAGGAUGUGAAUGCUGGCUGGAGUCUCGAGUACCCUCAGCUGUAUGUGCCAGGACAGUUGAGUCAGUACUUCAGUAAACGUGCUUUCAUGAUGUGUGCACUUCACAGCUGGUACAGCUCUCUAGUGCUGUUCUUUGUGCCUUAUGCUGCCACAUAUGACACGGCGAGAGACGACGGCAAAGAUGGUGCAGACUAUCAGUCAUUCGCACUGAUUACUCAAACCUGCCUCACCGUCACUAUGUGUGUACAGCUGGGACUGGACCUCUCGUACUGGACUGUUGUUAACAAUCUCUUCGUUUGGGGAAGUUUGGGAAUGUUCUUCAUAUUGACCUUCACCAUGUAUACUGAUGGACUUUUCCGGUUACGUCCAUCUUCUUUUGCGUUCAUAGGAACUGCCCGAAAUUGUCUUAACCAGCCCAAUGUGUGGCUGACUGUUGCAUUGACUGCUAUACUGUGUGUGUUGCCUGUGGUUGCGUACCGGUUCUUCUACAGCCAGAUCUCUCCUACCAUCAAUGACAAGGUGAGAUAUAAGGUGUGUCAGAUGAAGGAACCUGCUCCUCGUCCGCGCCGCACCAAGCUCACCCGAAGGAGCACGCGUCGGUCUGGUUACGCCUUCUCUCACGCCCAUGGUUAUGGUGACCUCGUGACCUCUGGCAGAUUUCUGCGGCGACAUGCGCUCACUCCCUCCACGGGCUUGAUUCCCACAGGACGCUCUCCUGGCUUCAAGCCCACAGGUCGGUCUGCGGGUUACAGCCCGGUCGGGCGAGAACAAAACCCCAAACAGAAAGUAGAACCAACGUCACUGCAGAUGUUUCGUGCGGUUAAAGACUGUUCCUUUUGAGGGUGCAGCUUUUUAAACUGUGCUAGAACCAAAACCUUAAAUGCUGUUUACAGGGUGUAAACUCUUGGGGACAAUUUCACAGCUGCUGUGUUAUGUUGAUAUGUAUAUAGCACAAUAUAUAUGCACACUAAGAACAAUAGACUUGAUUCCUAAAAGUACUAAAUCUUGUUAGGGAGUGUGCAUAGACACACUUGUCACUAAAAAUGCAAGUGUGGUUUACAGCAAGAACAAACUGAAAUAUCUAUCAUGCUGAAGGACUGAGAGUACUUGUCCUUUCUACUGUCAUCACUACUAUGGGAGCGACAGACAAACUUGACUGUAAGAGAGCAAAAAAACAAUGACAUGCACAUGAUGUCAAAGAGGGUGUCAUGAGUGAUCUAAUUCAAAAUACUGUUUCCUGUUCUAUUCCUCUUCCAGGUACUAUGUCCACUAAUGCCUUUUGACUGUUCUUGAGUCCUGAGUUAAAUACUGUAUAUACCACACCCAACAUUUUAUAU